GUUAGUAGUAGUGGUUUCGUCCGUCAGUGAAGAAGAAGAAUAUGGCGGCAGGCAACGACGAUGUAUUUGACAGCUGGGAAGAUUUAGCCGAUAGCGGGGAGUUAGAACGUCGCUUAGAGAAAGACAUGAAGACUAAAGAAAUAAAGAUCAGCAAAAAGAACAACAAUAGAAGCCCAGCAGCGCCCAUAGUUCUUGAAGAGGACACACAACGCACACAGUACCAGCCUCAGCUGAAGAUCCUGAAACGACCAACCCACUCCCCCGACACAUCAUCCCCCAACAGUACAGACGGUAAGCCCAAGGCGAAGCACAAAACCCUGGCCCAGAGGGAGGCAGAAUACGCGGAGGCUCGGCUGAGAAUACUGGGAGCUACGUCAGCAGAGGAGACCCAGGAAGAGAGGCCUGCCCAUCUAGUGCAGCAGCUGGAGGAACUGAAAGUGGAAGAUGGAGUGAACGUUGUACGCCAGCCUCGAGGGCCGGACGGCAGCGCAGGGUUCCAGCUCCAGAGAUAGUGUAGGACCGCAGCUCACCAGGACACCAUCCUCCUACGCAGGGACAUCCAAAAGCCAAACUGCCUGGAUGUGCCCUGCUCUUUCAACCAUCACUCUUAGUUCCUGACCGCC